CAGAUCCUCAGCGUGACAUGCGACAACGCAUCGAACAACGACACGAUGGUUGCGCAUCUCGAAGCGAUGCUGGAGGUGUUCGGGGGAGACUAUGCGCGCACCCGGUGCUUCCUCCAUAUCCUGAACCUCACGGCGAAGAGCCUCUUGAAGCAAUUCGAC